GAUCAAUUAGUGUCCCUGUCUGUUCCUCGUGAUUCCUCCCUGUCAAUUUCAAGAUGGCUGAUUUCGAAGAAGACCUCUUUUCAGUUUUUAAUGAUGUUGAUAGAAGCAAGAAAGAUGGAAAAACCGUAGAAGUUACAGAUUACGAUGAUAAAGAUUCUUUGAAGCGUAUUUUUUCCCAGCGUGGUGAAAAACGACUGCAUGGCGAGUGUGUGGAUGGUAAUUUAUUAUCAACGACACAAAAUGACGAGAAUUUAAAGAAAGUUAAAAGACAGGACGAUGAAAGUUCGAUAAUUGAUUCCGUUCCCAUUGUUGACAUCAUUACAGUAGAAACAUUUGAAGCUUGUACACAUGAAGUUGCUGUUCCACAAGGCAUAGUUUAUAAUGAAUUAAAAGUACCAACCACAAAACCUGCCAAGGAAUAUCCAUUUAUUCUGGACCCAUUUCAGAAAGAAGCUUUAAGUUGUAUAGAAAAUAAUCAUUCAGUUUUAGUCUCUGCACAUACUUCGGCUGGAAAAACAGUUGUGGCUGAAUACGCGAUAGCUUUAUCAUUAAGAAACAAACAGAGAGUAAUUUAUACAACACCAAUCAAGGCCUUAAGUAAUCAGAAAUAUCGCGAACUUUAUGAGGAGUUUCAAGAUGUCGGACUGAUGACUGGUGACGUCACUAUUAAUCCUAGUGCCAGUGCUCUUGUCAUGACGACAGAGAUUUUACGAAGCAUGUUGUACCGCGGCUCAGAGGUUAUGAGAGAAGUUGCGUGGGUUGUUUUUGAUGAGAUUCACUACAUGAGAGAUAAAGAGCGUGGUGUAGUUUGGGAGGAGACGAUCAUUUUACUACCUGAUAAUGUGCACUACGUUUUUUUAUCGGCAACAAUACCUAAUGCAAGUCAAUUUACUGCAUGGAUUGCCCAUCUUCAUAGACAGCCUUGUCAUGCUGUUUAUACGGAAUACCGUCCUACUCCUUUACAACAUUAUAUUUACCCUGCUGGGGGUGAUGGUCUGUUUCUUGUUGUUGAUGAAAAUGGUGCUUUCAGGGAAGAUAAUUUCCAGAAAUCCAUGGCCGUGAUUCAGGAAGGCCCUGGGUCUAGUCAACAGAGAGGAAGAAAAGGAGGAACUAAAGGACCAUCGAAUACAUUUAAGAUAGUAAAGAUGAUUAUGGAGAGAAAGUUUCAACCUGUCAUUGUAUUUAGCUUCAGUAAGAAAGAAUGUGAAGCAUAUGCUUUACAAAUGUCGAAAUUAGACUUUAAUACAGACGAGGAACGGAAAUUAGUCGAAGAGGUUUUUAAUAACGCUAUUGACUGUUUGUCUGAUGACGAUAAAAAACUUCCUCAGGUUGAACAUGUUUUACCUUUGUUAAAACGAGGCAUUGGAAUUCAUCAUUCUGGGUUGUUACCAAUAUUAAAAGAAACCAUUGAAAUAUUGUUUUCUGAAGGAUUGAUAAAGGCUUUAUUUGCUACAGAAACAUUUGCUCUUGGCUUAAACAUGCCAGCAAGGACUGUUGUCUUUACUAAUCCACGAAAAUUUGAUGGCAAAGACUUUAGAUGGAUAACAUCCGGGGAAUAUAUACAAAUGUCAGGUCGUGCUGGACGUCGUGGGUUGGAUGAUCGUGGGAUCGUUAUUCUUAUAAUUGAUGAAAAAAUGGGAUCAGAUAUUGGAAAAGGGUUAUUGAAAGGUAGUGCAGAUCCAUUAAACAGUGCAUUUCGCCUUACUUACAACAUGGUUUUGAAUUUACUGCGUGUUGAGGAGGUGAACCCGGAGAUAAUGUUGGAACGAUCAUUUUAUCAAUAUCAAAACUACGCUACUAUUCCUGAAAUGAUACAAAAGUUAAAGGAUUUAGAGACAAAGCGUGACGCCAUUGUUAUUCAUAAUGAAGAAUCCAUUGCAUCAUUUUAUAAAAUCCGACACCAACUGAAGAAACUUGGUGAUGAUAUGUUGGGAUUUAUUCAUCGACCAAAAUAUUGUUUGCCUUUCAUGCAACCUGGACGUCUGGUUCACGUAAAACAUGAAGAUAUGGAUUUUGAUUGGGGAGUUGUCAUAAAUUUUCAGAAAAAGGCAAAGCACAAGUCGGGAAAUGUUAGUGAUGAAACCCUUUACGUGUUGGAAGUUUUGGUUAACUGUUCAUUGAAACCAACUAAGACAGCAAGUGGAAACAUUCCUAAUCCUUGUCCACCGGGAGAGAAAGGCGAAAUGCAGGUUAUUCCUGUCUUAUUAAAGUUAAUUCAAGCUAUAAGUAGUGUAAGAUUAUAUAUUCCUAAAGAUAUUCGAUCUCUUGAUGCGAGACAGAAUGUUGGAAAAUCUAUACAGGAAGUAAAAAAACGCUUUAAAGAUGGUCUACCUUUAUUGGAUCCUAUCGAUGACAUGGGAAUUAAAGACGAAGGUCUUAAAUCAAUAGUUAGGAAAAUUGAAGCACUAGAACAUAAACUGUACACUCAUCCGAUGCAAAAAGAUCCAGAUCGUGAAUCUCUUUAUCAGUUGUGCGAGCAGAAAUCCAAAGUAAUUGUUACAUAUAAAGCAAGCCAAAAGGAGAUAAAAAAAUGUCGAACAGUUUUACAAAUGGACGAACUAAAGUGCAGAAAAAGAGUUUUACGAAGAUUGGGUUAUUCAACAUCAGCUGACGUUAUUGAGCUUAAAGGAAGAGUAGCGUGUGAAAUUAGCAGUGCUGAUGAACUCGUUUUGACUGAAAUGAUUUUCAAUGGGGUCUUUAAUGAUCUUACUGUUGAACAAUGUACUGCUUUACUUAGCUGUUUUAUUUUUCAAGAAAAGAGUUCAGAGAUGCCAAAAAUGAGCGAGCAAUUAUCAGGACCAUUACGGCAACUUCAGGAAACUGCCAGAAGAAUUGCAAAAGUUUCUCAAGAAGCUAAACUUGAUGUCGAAAUUGAAGAUUAUGUCGAGUCAUUUAAACCACAAAUAAUGGAUGUUGUUUACUCAUGGAGUAAAGGCGCUUCAUUCUCACAAAUUUGUAAAAUGACAGAUGUUUUUGAAGGAAGUGUAAUUCGUUGUAUGAGACGAUUGGAAGAACUUCUAAGACAGAUGUGUCAAGCUGCUAAAGCAAUUGGAAACACUGAAUUAGAAAAUAAAUUUGCUGAAGGGAUAACGAAGAUCAAAAGGGACAUUGUAUUUGCUGCCAGCUUGUAUCUGUAAUAGGCAGUGAAACUAAACGAGCAGAGAUUUUAAGAAAGGAUUGAGGUGUCACAUGGAGUUAACAAGAUGAAGCCCCUGGAAAUGUUUCAUGAUACGGGAUAUCUUAUGCAGAUUGAUUGAUCACCAAUGUUUGUAUAAAUUGUGGAUUAUAACAAAGGAUGUAGAGAGAUACAGAAUGAAAAUGAACCAAUAAUGGCCUUUGACAAGAGUCGAGAUAUCUAGUUAAAUAUCUCGAUAAUGAUCACCAAAACAAUUCAACCUCCAUCUAUCUUUUCGUUUUUCCUGUUAUAAUCUUCUUUUAUAUUUAAAAAAUUGAUUUCCUGGACAGAAAAGACUGAGGGAAUUGUGUAAUGUACAUGAUAUACAAACUUCACGUUUUUCAUAAGUAAACCAAAAUUUUUAUGCGUUAUAAUUAAUGAAUUUUUACUGAGUCAGUCAUUCGUUGUAACUACAUAAAUCGUUGAUUGCCUCAAUUACGAUGUUUCAUUUUGCAAAUAGAUGUGGUGUGAAUUCCCAGGAGCAGA